AAAAAAAAAAAAAAAAAAAAUUAGUAUAAAAUCCCGUUCCUGGACCCAAAGAUCUUCCUUUUGUUUUUUUUUAUCACGCCUCUUUUUUUUUCGGUAUCUUCUCUUCCCCACACACUAUAUAAAAAUGACUGUUGCUGCCAAGGAAAGAAUUUUGAACAUCAACACUAUCAACCCUCUCAUCAAGAACGUAGAGUAUGCUGUGCGUGGUAAGUUGGCUAUCCGUGCUGAGGAGAUCCGUAGUGAUCUUGAAAAGGGACAAGGAAAGUAUGCCUUUGAUAGAGUGGUCAGUUGUAACAUUGGUAACCCUCAACAAUUGAACCAAACUCCCAUCACCUUCUUCCGUCAGGUUGCAUCUUUGUGUGAUAAUCCCGACUUGUUGAAAAAGGAGAACCUCGCUCUUGUUUCACAAUUAUAUCCUAGUGACGCUAUUACUCGUGCCCAGACUCUUUUGAAAUCCAUCGGUAGUGUUGGUGCCUAUUCUCAUUCUCAAGGUGUACCCCACAUUCGUGACACCGUAGCCCAAUUUAUUAAGGAGCGUGAUGGUGGUCAUGCCUCAGACGCUUCUCACAUCUUUUUGACUCAAGGUGCUUCUUCCGGUGUCCAAACCUUGUUGAGUAUGUUGACCGAAAAUGAACACUCUGGUAUCAUGAUCCCCAUCCCUCAAUAUCCUCUUUAUUCUGCUAGUUUGGCUUUAUACGGUGCUGUACCCGUCAAUUAUUAUUUGGAUGAAACUACCGGUUGGAGUCUUGAUAUUGCUCAAUUGACAGAAUCUGUCACCAGUGCUCGUAAACAAGGAACUGAUGUCAAGGCCCUUGUCAUCAUCAAUCCUGGUAACCCCACUGGUCAAUGUCUUACCGCUGAGAAUUUGAAAGAAAUCAUCACCUUCUGUUAUGAACAACGUUUGGUACUUUUGGCUGAUGAAGUGUAUCAAACUAACAUUUAUGAACCUGAAACCAGACCCUUUGUCAGUUUCAAGAAGGCCUUAAUGGAUCAUCCCUCUGCUGAAGUCAAGGAAGGUGUUGAAUUAGUUUCUUUCCAUUCCAUCUCCAAGGGUAUGGUAGGUGAAUGUGGUCGUCGUGGUGGUUACUUUGAAUGUGUCAAUUUGGAUAGUCAAGUCCUCGAACAAAUCUACAAGAUGUCUUCUGUUUCUCUCUGUCCCAAUUUGCACGGUCAAAUUUUGGUAGAUUUGAUGUGUAACCCUCCUCGUGUUGGUGAAGCUUCUUAUGAGUCUUACAGUAACGAAAUCAAGACCAUUUAUGAAUCUUUGCGUCGUCGUAGUAAGAAAUUGGAAGAUGUCUUCAACAAGAUGGAAGGUGUUUCUUGCCAAUCCGCUCAAGGUUCCAUGUACCUUUUCCCUCAAGUCACACUUUCUCAAAAGGUAGUCGAUGCUGCUGCUAAAGAAGGUCUUGCACCCGAUGCUUAUUAUUCUCAUGCCAUGUUGGAAGCUACUGGUGUUUGUGUCGUACCAGGUUCUGGCUUCGGACAAAAGGAAAAUACAUGGCAUUUCAGAUCUACUUUCUUGCCUGAAGAACAUUUGUUUGAUCAAUUCUGUUCCGGUAUUGAAAAGUUCCAUAGCGACUUUCUCCAAAAGCAUGUUUAAAGAAAAAUUGUAUUAUACCCAUCACCUAAAAAAAUAAAACAUGCCAAACAAAGGGGAGCUUUAAUUUUUUGUAAA